AUGAGAUCAAUAAAUAAUUCGAUAGAUACUCCAUCUAUAAAAGUUAAAUUUAAUCAUAGUGAUAAAGUUGAUGAAAUGAAAACGACGAAAACCAUGAAAAAGAGGGAUGUUUAACCUGAAUUAUCAAUAGUUUGGGAAUAUUACAUGUAUAUGAUAAUGUCUUUGUUGGUUGAGAUUAUCGUGUUGAUUUUCAACAACUAGACCAAAAUUCUCAACACGACUCGACUGAUUGUAUUUAUUCUUAUUUUUAUGGGUUCACUCAUUUACAUAAAGAAAAUACAGUAAAAUUAAUUAUUGUGCUUGAUAUGUUUGAUUAAAAUAUUUUAGACUUCAACCAUUUGUUUAAACGAUGAGGUUUAUUUGAUUGCUAUCCUACCACUUGUAUACGAUUAAAUAGUUAAAAACAAUAAAGUUGCAAUUAAAUUGAAAGUGCUUGAAAAAAUAUUGAUGAAAGUCAUAGGUGUAAGUUUAAUCUCUAUUUUUUCAAAAUAACCGAUAGCAAUAACUAUAAAUUUAUGUUUGGUGAUAUUGGAAAUGUAUAGAAAUCGUCUGGUUUUCAAGAAAAGAGAGGAGAGUCAAUCCUUAAUAAAUCAUAAGAAACCUCUGGAUUAUGAGUAAGUCUCUCACAGUGUCACUUAGAGAGUAGAAAAUAACUAAAGGGAAGAUGUAUGGAAGAAACGAUUUUAUGCGAUCCCAUUAUCAAUUUUGUUGAUAUCCAAAGAGACUUUAAAAAUUACAUAUAAAAACAAGACUCUAUUCAAAUAGUUUUGCGAUAGUUUCAUCAACGAGGAAGAAUUGGAAGACCUUAUAUUAAAUAAACUGCAUUUUUCACUCCUAUCGGAUCACCAAGAAUUCGUAUAAUUGUCAUCUACAAAUAUUAUAAAAUUAAAAUAAAAAAAGUCGAAUUCAUCGAACCUUUUUAAUUAGAAAUCUUGUAUGACCUAAUUGAGUUCUUAUGAUUUGAUGCAGAAGAGAUCGCUAAUAGAAAUCUUGACUUCGAUCAAAAGCGAAACCUAUAAUUUGUAAAAGGACGUUAUCGAGUUAUUUUGUCAGUAAACAGAAAUAUCUGGAGCAAAGUAUUAAUUAGAGGCCAAAAUAAUAUUGUCUGAUAAGGAUGAAGAAUUCUUUGUGACGAUAAAUGACACAUCAAAAUAAAAUGAAAUCCAGUAAUUCAUAGUAAAGGAAGAAUUUAAAAGCAAAAUUAUAGAAUCAUUUUCUCAUGAAUUACGAACUCCAUUAAAUAGUGCCAUUAACUUUUUGUAAGCCUCAAUAGCUGAUAGCACCAUCGAUGAUAAAUUGAAACUUCAAACCCUUGAGCCAGCAGUCUAUUCAUUAAAAUUAUAAUCAUACUUAAUCAAUGACAUCCUUGAUUAUUAACGUUAUAAUGCAAAUCAAUUGGAACUCUAUGUAACUGAAUUUUCGGUACAAGAUUUCCUCAGUGAUUUAACUUCCCUUUUUAGUAUUUAAUUUGAUAUGAAGAAGAUAGCCUUCAAUUUAGAUUUAUCAAAGAAUAGUUUACUUUAUUUUAGUACUGACCAAACAAAACUAACUUAAAUAUUAGUCAAUCUCCUCUAAAAUUCACUCAAAUACACAUCUAGUGGUGUGAUACAAUUAAAAUUUAGUAGUAAACCAAAUGAUAUAGUGAAAAUUGUUGUUCAGGAUUCUGGAUUAGGAAUUGCUCCCAAUGUGUUAGAAUAAGUCAGAGUCACUCUUAAGAAUGUUGAAGAGAGCAAGGAUUUUUAAACCUUUAAAGAAUGGAAAGGGUUUGGUUUGUUGAUAGUUGCCUUAUUGCAUCAAACCCUGUGUCCUCCAUCAUAAAAGUAAAUUCAAAUUGAAUCAACUGGAUUCAAUAAGGGUACGAAGAUCAAAUUCUACAUUUUAAAUUUUAAUUACAGUUCGAAACAAAAUACUAUCAAACAAUCAUUAAGUGCAAAGAAUACGCUCAGACAAUCCUAAAGUGUUAAGAAAUCUCUAAAAUCUAUUCUCUUAGUUAGAUAUUGGCAAUGA